AUCCACGAGUAAUUUAGUCUUUGUUGAUCAUCCAGCAACGUCGUCUGCACAAACAAGUUCCUCUGUCUCUUUUGUAUUUAUCAAAUCACUAUACCACCAGGUCAUGUUGCUUGCGAUUUGGUCGGCGGUCAUAUUGGCUGCCGUGGCGCUCUACUUCCGUCAGGUGUACACCAGGUUUAGCAGAUAUGGAGUCAAGCAUUUCAAGCCGAUACCAAUUCUUGGUAACAUGGCUCGCAUUUUAUUACGCAUGAGCCAUUUCUCUGAUGAUACGCAAAUACUUUAUAAUGCUUAUCCUGAAGAGAGGUUUGUAGGAAGAUUUGAAUUUCUGAAUCCUAUGGUGAUGAUCAGGGACAUAGAACUUAUAAAGAAGAUAACGGUGAAGGAUUUCGAACACUUUCUAGAUCAUCGUUCUUUUGUUAACGAGAAUGUUGAUCCUUUCUUUGGACGAAAUCUGUUCUCAUUGAAAGGCGAUGAAUGGAAAGAUAUGCGAUCGACACUAAGCCCUGCAUUCACGAGCUCUAAGAUGCGUUCUAUGGUUCCAUUUAUGGUGGAAGUUGGGGAGCAAAUGAUAAAGUCACUUAAGAAAGAGAUUCAGAAUUCUUCAGGUGAAUAUAUUGACGUGGAGGGUAAGGAUCUGACGACGAGAUAUGCAAACGAUGUCAUCGCUUCCUGUGCUUUUGGACUGAAAGUAGACUCACAUAGCGAUAAAAGCAACAUAUUCUAUAAGAUGGGCAAAAUUGCUGCAACCUUCAAUUUCAAGCAGUUGCUAAAAGUUUUCGCGAUGACUUCUUUUCCUACUGUAACUAAGAUCCUGCGUUUCUCUCUGUUCGAAAAAUCAGAGAAAGAUUUUUUCUGGAACUUGGUGAUGAAUACAAUGAACGAACGUGAAGCUAAGCAAAUUGUCAGACCUGACAUGAUUCAUCUUCUGAUGGAGGCUAAGAAGGGUCGAUUAACUCAUGAAGACAAAAGUGCUAUCGACACCAAUGCUGGAUUCGCAACUGUCGAAGAAUCUUCUGUGGGAAAGAAGAACAUAGAUCGUGUGUGGACUGACAGCGAUAUAGUGGCUCAGGCAGUGUUGUUCUUUAUUGCCGGUUUUGAAACCAUUUCUUCUGCUAUGUCGUUCGCGCUUCACGAAAUAGCUAUGCACCCUGAAGUCCAGCAACGUCUGUACGAAGAGAUCAAGGAAGACAACGAAAAGAACCGUGGAUCUUUAAAUUACAAUUCCAUACAGAAUCUGAACUAUUUGGACAUGGUUGUGUCAGAGGUGCUUCGAAUGUGGUCUCCAGCUGUUGCACUGGAUAGACUUUGUACUAAAGAUUAUAACUUAGAAAAACCAAACAAACAAGCCACGCAAGAUUAUAUAGUUCGUAAAGGCGAAUCGGUUAUGAUUCCCGUGUGGGCGAUUCACCACGAUCCCAAAUACUACCCAGACCCGGAGAAAUUCGAUCCGGAGCGAUUCUCCGAAGAGAACAAACACCUCAUCAGACCAUUUACUUAUGUUCCAUUUGGUCUUGGCCCUAGGAAUUGUAUAGGUUCAAGAUUUGCGUUAUGCGAGGUGAAGAUAUUGCUGUACCAGCUUCUCCUACACAUGGAGUUGUCUCCUUGCAAGAAGACCUGCAUACCAGUGAAACUCUCCAACGAUACUUUCAACCUUAUCAUACAAGGCGGUCACUGGUUUAAAAUGCGAUGUAGAACACAAUAGAAUAGAUAAGAGUUAGAUUUGUUUAUAUAGAGAACACUAAAAACUUGAAAUAUUAACUUAAACAUAAUAAUGCGAUGGAACUUAUUAUCCGGAUUUUAUAAUGGGUUCUAAAAUACACGAUAAUCUCUAUAAAAUAACUUAAAAUAUUUUUAUUAAGCCAUAUAGUAUGCAACCAAUGACGUGGCAAAUGAAAUGGUCAGUAACUAAACACCUAGUUGCAUUGAACACUCUUUUGAAUUAUAUAUAGAAAUUUAUGUAAUUUUACGUAUUAAAACAAGUGUCUGUUGGAAAUAUCGAAAUAAUUUUUCAUUAAUUUAUCGAUCACUUAAAAAAAAUUCCAAGUUUUCAGAUAAAAAAUACACAGCAUAAAUCGCUGCUGGAAUUGUUUUAUAUCUGUUUGUAAAGUUUUAUCACAAGUUUUGUUUUCAAAGCGUGUAAAUAACCCCUGUGCUGUAUUGCAGUUAUUUAAGUAUUACAGAUCGACAACUCAAUUUUAUUUAUAUGUAUAAAUUUCACAGCACGUUAACAAUCUGAAUUCAAUCCCCACCAGAGCCUUUACAUAAAAUGAUGUAUAUUUUGAACUUUGAAGUUAAAUGCUUACUUUUUACACAACAGUUAUAGUAAGAAUAUUGUAUUUUGUAAAUAUACUGGUUUUAAUAAAGAUGUAAAAGUAAUAGUAGUGUUGUUUUAAAUAAUUAUCACAUUGACUUUCUAGAUGAUUACUAUAAUAUAUGCCGUGGGACGUUUGUUUUGUUUGUUGACGUGGAGUUUUGUUUUGAAGGACGUAACUACCUUUUAAGGUGCAUUGCAAAAUUUUAUUUUUAAUUCAAGUAAAUGAUCUCUUAGAUCGUAAAGAGGUAGUGGAUUGGCCAUUUUAUUCACA